AUGGCUCUAACAAAUGUUUUGUUAUUGAGCCAAAUAGCUGGCUAUGUCAUUGGGCUCAUUCUUUCGUUAUGUGUUAUGGUUCCUAUGGGCAUGCAUCGAGAUGAAUUCAGUGGUAACUGCUUACUGUUUUCAAAAGGGACAUGGCAAGAAGAAGAUGGCCAACUAUUAGUUAUGUGGGCAUCUCAAAGAUACUGCAACUAUGUUAUUGCUAUUGGAUGUCUAAUGUUCAUUGUUUGCCUUGUUCAAAUUUAUAGAUUAUCGCAACUUGUAUGCAAAGGUAUAGAUAGCUCAUUUUUGUCAGCAUUCAUUGAAGCUGUGGGAUGUGUUUUGUUUUGUGGACUGGCUAUAAGUGCAGCCUUGAUAGUAACUCUUGGCUUUAUGACUUGGUGCCAGAAUAUUGUUGAAAGAUUUCCAAGUUGUGAAGAUGCAACUGGCCAAGACAUAGAUAAGAAAGAUAAUAUUUCAACUCAUGGCUUUUAUAUUGAACUUGGGACAGCACAGUUUGGAGCCUGGGCGUUGUUCGCGCUGUGGGUAGGUCUAGCUGUGUUUAGCACCCUCAAGGUAUGCAGAUAUCAUCAGUUGCAAAAUAUCCAGGUUUCGAUGUACCGCGAACGUCAACGCCUCGUCAAUGAAACACAUGGAAGAUCCACUCCUCCUAUUGAUUCACUUAAUAAUUAA